UUGCAGAAUAGAAUUUUGCUCAUUGCCUGGCAAUGACAGCAGAGGUGAGAAUUCUGCAGUUCUCAGAAUGGGACACGGGAAAGAGGAGGCUGAGGUAUUUGUACAUAUGUCCUCCAUGUUCAUUUAAGCUUCACCGUGGACAGACAGAUCAGAACACCAUGAUUCCUGUUUUCCUAGGAGCUGAUGUUGUUUCACAGACAGGAGUUAGAACAGAAAAUCAUUCUAAAAUUCAUGCUAAAUUUGCAAAGAAAGGACUAGCUGCAAGGCUUACUUUCAGUCCAGAUCUCAGGUUUGAAAGGAUGAGACUUCCUAGUGGACUGAACACGUUGUGGUUUUAUAGCAUUCAGGGACUAUUUAAAGUGGCAUUCGAUUUGUACAGCAGAGAAGAGCAACUGGCUGUCAUUGAAAGCCUUCAGGAACUAUGGAAGUCCCAUCUCAAAGAUGAUCUUUUAAGUGAAUGUUAUGACCUCAAGAAUUGUAUUGGAGACCCAGAUAUUUCCAUACCAUCUUUUAACCAGGCAGAGGAACCUGACUGCCAGGAAAGGUUAUCAAGCUGUUCUAGAGAAUUAAAUGACUUUCACAAGGUUCCUCAGAGUCUUCCAGCAGAACACAACUACUGCAUGACUAAAGAAGAAGGUUCUGGCAUAUGCCAUUCACAGGAAACAUUAAGUAAUGACUUCUUUAUUCAGAGAAUUCAGUCUAUAUUAGUAACCUGUGCCAACAUGGCAGUUGAUGUAAGUGAACAAUUAAAGAAGACAGCUACGGCAUUGUUAGAUGUUGUUGAGCAAUUACUAAGUGGACAUAGAUACCUAGAUAAUAUGAUUUUAAGCAUUGUGCAACUUUUAGAAAUUGCAAGUCACUUGCAGAACAAGGAGGGCUCACAGUGUGAGAGCUCCACCGUGUAUGAUAACCUCCUGCUGCUUGAGGUCAGCAGUUGGCUGGGAGAUCGGUUCCACAGUGAGAAUUACCACAUCAGUGAUCAGGUGGAAGAGUUCAAAAGGAAACAUAUUGAUCGCAUCUCAGACUUGCCUCCUGCCCAGGAACUGGUUUCUGCCUUAUUUCCUAAUGCCAUGAAAGUUUUGUUACUCAAAUGGAUGGGACUGUUUGAUGAUGCUUCAGUAUCCAAACUGCAGAGUGAAUACCCAAUUUUACUCCUUAUUUUAGAAUUUGCAAAUCGCAAUCUUAUUACAGGAGUUGCUCAUGUUCUCUAUUCUACUUUGAUAUGUAAAUAAUACCAAAUUAUUUUCAGUAUGUAUUUUUUUCUGCGU